AUAGAGGGUGAGAGACAAAAGGAGAAAUAGCACCGCUCCACUGCUCUUCCACUGUGCAUGAAGCUUCCCCUGUGCAUGGUGCUCCCCUGUGGUGGACACGGCCUCAAACUCAAGUCCUUGCACACAGUGGACUGGUACUCUGUCUGAGCACUGCUCAACUCUAGCUUGUGGUGGUGCAGGGAUUGAACCUGGGACUUUGGAGCUUCAGAUUUCCUGGUAGACAAGACAAAUUAGAAUCUUCCUACUGACCUAACUUGGUGGGGACCGGGGGCUCGAACCCGGGUCCUUGCACACUGUAACUUGUGCGCUCAACCAGGUGCGUCACCACCCGGCCCCAGUGGAUAAUUUUCAAGGACAGAAGGGUAAAUAGAGAAGAGAUAUCUUUGUCCUCUGACUUUGGAAAUCUUGUUUAACCUUCAAACUGGCGAUGUCAAGGGUUCCAAGUCCUCCGCCUCCGGCAGAAAUGUCGAGUGGCCCCGUAGCUGAGAGCUGGUGCUACACACAGAUCAAGGUUGUGAAAUUCUCCUACAUGUGGACCAUCAAUAACUUUAGCUUUUGCCGGGAGGAGAUGGGUGAAGUCAUUAAAAGUUCAACUUUUUCAUCAGGAGCCAAUGAUAAAUUGAAAUGGUGUUUGCGAGUAAACCCAAAAGGGCUAGAUGAAGAAAGCAAAGAUUACUUGUCACUUUAUCUGUUACUGGUCAGCUGUCCCAAGAGUGAAGUACGGGCAAAAUUCAAAUUCUCCAUCCUGAAUGCCAAGGGAGAAGAAACCAAAGCUAUGGAGAGUCAACGGGCAUAUAGGUUUGUUCAAGGCAAAGACUGGGGAUUCAAAAAAUUCAUCCGUAGAGAUUUUCUCUUAGAUGAGGCAAAUGGGCUUCUCCCUGAUGACAAGCUUACUCUCUUCUGCGAGGUAAGUGUGGUGCAAGAUUCUGUCAACAUUUCUGGCCAGAAUACCAUGAAUAUGGUGAAGGUUCCUGAAUGCCGAUUGGCAGAUGAGUUAGGAGGAUUGUGGGAGAAUUCCCGGUUUACAGACUGUUGUUUGUGUGUCGCUGGACAGGAAUUCCAGGCUCACAAAGCUAUCUUAGCAGCUCGGUCUCCAGUCUUCAGUGCUAUGUUUGAACAUGAAAUGGAGGAGAGCAAAAAGAACCGGGUUGAAAUCAAUGAUGUGGAGCCUGAAGUUUUUAAGGAAAUGAUGUGCUUCAUUUACACGGGAAAGGCUCCGAACCUCGACAAAAUGGCUGAUGAUUUGCUGGCAGCUGCUGACAAGUAUGCCCUGGAGCGUUUAAAGGUCAUGUGUGAGGAUGCCCUCUGCAGUAACCUCUCUGUGGAGAAUGCAGCAGAAAUUCUCAUCCUGGCUGACCUCCACAGCGCAGAUCAGUUGAAAACGCAGGCAGUGGAUUUCAUCAACUACCAUGCUUCAGAUGUCUUGGAGACCUCUGGGUGGAAAUCAAUGGUGGUGUCACAUCCCCACUUGGUGGCCGAGGCAUACCGCUCUCUGGCUUCAGCACAGUGCCCUUUUCUGGGACCCCCACGCAAGCGCCUGAAGCAAUCCUAAAAUCCUGCCUGUUGUAAGACUCCGUUUAUUUCCAGAAGCAGCAACCAUGGUUGCUGCCACUGAUCACCAGGUAGACAGCGCAAUCUGUGGAGCUUGUACUCUGUUGUGGGGGGCAAAGACUGCAUCAUGGCCCCAGACUUUUAAAACAGCACUAAACAAACUUGGGGGAAGUGGGGGGAGGGAAGGGCCCAGGACUUGGGACAGUUCGGCCUAAUGAAAACCCUGUUGCUGUGUCACUGUGUUCCCUUUGGCCUGGCCGAGUUUGAUACUGUGGGGAUUCAGUCUAGGCAAUGGCCCCAGGACAUCCCAGUGGUGGUACUUCAAAGAAACUUGUCUGCAUCUGACUGAGCAGAAUAAAUUGUCAGGUGCCUGGAGCAAAAAGAAAAAAGAGAGAGAGAGUUUUAAAAGAAGGAAAAAGAAAAGGAAGAAACAAUUUUUGCAAAAUUUCUCAAAAAUCAGUUUAUGGAUUUCAGUAGUAUUUAUGUUGAGAGAAAAUUUUAUUUCAUCCAACUGUGCUAAAAACUUGGAUCCAUUUGUGAAAACUCUUCACCACCAAACAAGUGUCAGAAGAGCUCUCUUAUUGUUAGCACUUAUUGUUUGCAAGAACAGAAUACUUCCUUUUAUCCUUUUUUAUGAAACAUGACAAGUGAAGGUGAAAGGAGAAGGAGGUUAUUUGAUCUGGAAGAUAAGUGUUCUGAUGUGGUAGCUUUUGCAAAAAAUCUUUAUUGCUGUUGAAAACUGGAAAAAAAAAUUCAUCCAGAAUUCAUACUGUCUUGACAAGAACUAUGGUUCUCUGUUUUUAGAUAUUGUGGAAAAUGUUUUUUGGCAUUUUUCUCUGAUUUUACUUCUCCCAGUCCCCUUUUCUAAAAAAAAAAAAAAAAGAAAGAAAGAAAGAAAAAAAAAAAACAAGACAAAAAACAAAAAUAAAUACAGAGCAAAAAGAAGAGGAAAGAAAAGGAAAAUUUAUUAGUAACGCUGUGUGGAAACAAAAAUCCCAGCCCAGAUUGCUCAGCUCUUUAUACCUGGCUUGCCACCUGCAUAGGAGCCAGUCCUGUUCCUUCCAAUUUGCCCCUCUUCCUCCAGGGGAGAACUUCCAAAUGUUAAUUUUUUUCUUUUUGAAAAUAUAAAUAAUUACUAUUUUGUA